AUGCCACCCACACCACUUCCACAUGACGCUUUGCUGGCCAUUCAGCAGCUCCUAGCGGACAAACAAUUUGCUAGGGUCGAGACUACAGUGCGAGCUUUGCUGGAAACGUAUCCGAAUGACUUGAAUCUGCUUUCGUACUUGGAUCAAGCGCUCUACGGACUCCAGAAACCUCCCGAGGAACUGGACGAACUCAAGACGCAGAUUGUCAAGGCGUGGACGGAUGGCUACCGUUCGCUGUGGGAAUCUCAAGGCCGACCCAAGAAGUUGUCGUCUUGGGCUCGAGCCCAAGGCGAAAGCGAGAAGUACUCGCAGAUUAUCGUGAACGAGUACUACAUCCCAGAAGAUAGUGGUGGUAUCAUUGCCUAUUUCAAGGUCCUGGCGUAUCCCAAAUCAGACGGCAACAAACAACGACAACCGCUCCCCCGCUUGUUCAAAGUGGAAACGUCGGCUAUUGCUCUUGAGCUUGGUGGCAGCCGUCCUUAUGUGCUGCGUGAGUAUUUCGUCACGGGCGGUGGGGGCACCACGAGUUACAGCUUUUCCAAAGAAGAGCUGCGUUGUGAAAAGAUCAUGUCGGAUGCCGUUGCGUUCUUGGACUCGAAUUGGACUCAUGUCGCUACCAUCAUCCCCAUGACUGCUCCUAUUGGGCCUGCAAAUGUAAGCAAUGACGGCUGCUUCUCAAGCUUUAUGAAGCACUGUGGAUUGAACAAAUAA